UGCUGACGUUACAGUAGACCUCUACUAAAGAGGAAUGCACUGAAUGAAUGCUGAUUGCUGCUUAAGGAGGGAUCCACAGUGCCGCUGACGUCCAAGUCGAGGAAGUCCGAAGUUUAGUUUUCAGCUGGUUUACUUGUUUGAUUCACAUAUUUCUUUCAGAUCACGACUACCGUUGGCCGACUCACGAUGUCCGGCGAUCAUCCUAAUGACAAGGAGGCCAUGAGUAUAUACAGUAUAACCCUCAACGGCCCAGCACCAUGGGGCUUCAGACUUCAGGGGGGGAAGGACUUCAGCAUGCCCCUCACUGUGUCCAGGCUGACCCCCGGGGGUAAGGCCGUGCAGGCCGGUGUGGGCGUAGGAGAUUGGGUGGUGUCCAUUGGGGAGACCAACGCAGAAGACAUGACCCAUGUGGAGGCACAGAACAAGAUCAGAGCAGCAGAGCAGUCGCUCACCCUCACCCUCAGCAAAGCUUUCCAUGCGGGUGGCGAUCAGAAGGAUUCGCUCGCCCCCGCCUACGUUCAGCCCAAAUACUCCUUUGCCCCCAGCACCGCUAUCAACAAGAUGGCGCGGCCAUUCACGCCGGGCGGCGGUAACACGGUCAUUAAACCGGUGGCGUACGCCCCUAAAGUAAACACCCCGGCCUCAACGGCCCGCGCCAGCAUGCUACAGCCACACAACGGCGUCAAGGCCUCUGUGUCACCUGCCAAGGCCCAGACCCAGGCGGCGGACAAACCUGAUGCCUCUAGGACGCCAGCUCCAGUCAGCUCUGGUCCUAAGGUGCGUCCUCCGUGGGUGACCGACCCAGGUUUCGCUGACCGCUACGCCCCAGAUAAGACCAGUACGGUUCUGACCCAGCACAGACAGCCGGCACAGCCUACGCCCAUGCAGAACCGCUCCUCUAUCCUACAGGCAGCUCAGCAGGCACCCGAGGACAGUGGAAGGACCCCUCUCUGUGGAGCCUGCAACAAGAUCAUUAGGGGCCGGUACCUGGUGGCGCUGGGUCAGUCCUGGCACCCAGAAGAGUUCCGGUGUUCCCAGUGUAAAGUGGUGUUGGAUGAGGGAGGAUUCUUUGAGGAGCGGGGCUCAGUCUUCUGCGCCAAGUGUUAUGAUAACCGCUACGCUCCCAACUGUGCCAAAUGCAAAAAGGUCAUCAUAGGGGAGAUCAUGCAUGCUCUGAAGAUGACCUACCAUGUCCAGUGUUUCAUGUGCGCUGCCUGUAAGAGCCCCAUCCGGAACCAGGCCUUCUAUAUGGAGGAGGGAGAACCUUACUGUGAGAGAGAUUAUGAGAAGAUGUUUGGCACUAAGUGCCAUGGCUGUGACUUUAAGAUUGAUGCUGGGGACCGCUUCCUAGAGGCCUUGGGAUUCAGUUGGCACGACACCUGCUUCGUCUGCGCUCUGUGCCAGAUCAACCUCGAAGGGAAGACGUUCUACUCUAAGAAGGAUAAGCCUCUGUGUAAAGACCAUGCCUUUGCUCCCGUCUGAGAGAGAGAGAGAGAGGUGCUUCAGAGGGGACAGGAACCCACCCCGUUCUCUAGACCCUUCAGACCCCUGUACUCAGCAACACACGGCGCCAGAUACUCUCCACUCCACUGCAAACCAGACAGCGCCAGCGUCAGUGUUCAGAUCCUCACUAUCGCUCAAGAUGUACUUCAUCGCUCAACUUCUAUCCCUCAACUUUUCAAAUGCGUCCUGUGCUGGCUCUCUCUACCGCGUUCAGCCAUACUCACUUGUCUCUUAGUCUAAGAUCUAAAGGAAUAUGAUGUCAACCUUUCAAACAAACUGCCAGUUUUCUCUACUGUUGUUAAUCAUAGCAGGUUAUUUAAUGGUAUAACGAAGUGAGUGUUAUUUUCAAACGGAGUCAUUUCAAGCCUUAGCUCAACUAUAUUUCUAUCUCAUUUAUUACCAGUGGACCACUGAAUAUAUACGUAAUUCUCACUCUGAUUGUGACGCUAACCACUGUUGUUGACAAGUCAUUCUUUUACUCCAGUGUGUCAAGUCAGUUCAACUGUGUUUGGGCCAAUGCCUGUUAGUCCAGUAAAAUAUCACGCCCCCUUCUAAUCUCAACCUCGUUCAUUUCACUUUUAACUCUUUAACUGUCUUCAAAGUUGAACGAACCAUUUAGCGUGUCAUCUUCUAAAAUGUUGCAGCAACUAUCACUCCACUAUCGACCUCAUUUAAAGUCCCCUCCUAGUCUCUGGUCCGUUCGACGCCCCUCUAUACUCCAGUACCUGAGAUAAUGUAAAGGGGUACCCUUACUGCAGUACUUAAAGUAAUAGGAACUCAGUGAUGUGGAACUACACUGAACAAAAAUAUAAACGCAACAUGCAACAAUUUCAAUGAUUUUACUG